AGGUCAGCCUGCUCCCACGGAGUCCAGCCCCCAGGCCCUCUCCCCCACUAUAAGAGCCCCUGCCUCAAGUAGGGUGAUAGCAGUAGGCAGCCAUGGCCAAAUCCCAUCUACUGCAGUGGCUGCUGCUGCUGCCCAUCCUCUGCAGGCCGGGUGCAGCUGUCGGGUCGACCUCAUCCCUGGAUUGUGCACAAGGCCCUAAAUUCUGGUGCCAAAACCUGGAGCAAGCCGUGCAGUGCAAAGCCCUGGCACACUGCCUACAGGAAGUCUGGGGACAUGCAGGAGCCAACGACCUGUGCCAAGAGUGUGAGGAUAUUGUCCACAUUCUCACAAAGAUGACCAAAGAAGACAUUUUCCAGGACACAAUCCGGAAGUUCCUGGAGCAAGAAUGCAAUAUCCUUCCCUUGAAGCUGCUCGUGCCCCGGUGUCGCCAAGUGCUUGAUGUCUAUCUGCCCCUGGUUAUCGACUACUUCCAGAGCCAGAUAAACCCAAAAGCCAUCUGCAACCACGUGGGCCUGUGCCCACUUGAGCAGGCUACGCCAGAACAGAAGCCAGAGAUGGUGGAUGCUAUUCCAGGCCUUCUGCUGAACAAGCUGAACAAGCUGACCCUCCCUGCGCUGCCAGGAGCCCUCUUGGCAAGGCCUGGGCUGCACACACAGGGUCUCUCUGAGCAGCAGCUCCCCAUCCCCCUGCCCUUCUGCUGGCUUUGCAGGACUCUGAUCAAGCGAGUCCAAGCUGUGAUUCCCAAGGGUGUGCUGGCCGUGGCUGUGUCCCAGGUGUGCCACGUGGUACCCCUGGUGGUGGGCGGCAUCUGCCAGUGCCUGGCUGAACGCUACACAGUGCUCCUGCUCGACGCACUGCUGGGCCGGGUGGUGCCCCAGCUAGUCUGUGGCCUGGUCCUCCGAUGCGCCACCGAGGACGCCGCUGGCCCAGCCCUCCCUGCUCUGGAGCCGCUGACAGAAGAAUGGCCACUCCAGGACACUGAGUGCCAUCUCUGCAAGUCUGUGAUGGCCCGGGCCUGGAACUCCAGUGAACAGGCCAGGCCCCAGGCAAUGCGCCAGGCCUGCCUUCACUUCUGGCUAGACAGGCAAAAGUGCCAGCAGUUUGUGGAACAGCACACGCCCCAGCUGCUGGCCCUGGUACCCAGGAACCGGGAUGCCCAUACCACCUGCCAGGCCCUUGGAGUAUGUGAGGCCCCGGCCAGCCCUCUGCAAUGCUUCCAGCCCCCGCAGCAAUGAGGACUUGGUCUCCAGCACCCUGUACCAGAGGGCCACAAGUCUCAGCCUGCACCCUCUGCCUGUGUGCCCCAGCUAUAACCACAGCCCAACACCAGAGUGGUUUCUGUCUCCUCUGGGGACAUGCACAGCGGGCUUGUGUCUUCUGGAAGCCUUCAGAAGGGGCUUCAGGUCUUCAUGCCCACCACAGCCAAGCCCAGCUCCAACAGCUCCUGUAGACAUCAGGGACUGAGAAGGACUGCCAUGGCUCCAAGGAG